CCCAACACCACCAAACUUUGGAAAGAUUAAUAUUUUACAACUCUAAAUUUUUGAGAUAAACUACAUACCAAGGGCAAAAGAAAACGCUAAGAGCAUAUUAGUUUUGUUUAGACAAGAUCAUAAACGAGUCCGAAAUAGUACCUUAAUACUUCCCCGUGUCGAAAUGCGACCCUCAUUACUCCCUCAAAGACCUUUGCGCCGCGUUUGCGAUGCCUGCAAGCAGCAGCGUCGCCAUGCGACUUCGACGACUAUCGCCAACGCCGCGCCUACCAGCUCUCUCGUGCAGCGCAAAAGUCUUUAUUCUCGCGAAUCCACAUUUCUAAGACCAACCCCGCAAAGAGCGCAUAUCAGCGCCAACACCGGUCCAAGCUUUCACACGAGACGGCACAUCGCAAGCAGCAGCAGCAGCGCGCAAGGAACAGCAGCGGCGACAACAACCACGGAACAAGGAAAAGAGCACGAGCAAGAACAACACACGCACGAGCACGCCAAAAUAGAACAGCAAACCGGCAGCAAGCCCAUAUCGCACUACGAUCUCUUCCCGCAGACCCUGCCCCGAGGCCCCCCGCCCUCCGGCCCCUUCGCCAUCGACGUCCGCGCGCUGCGGCGCGAGUUCCUCACCCUGCAAGCUUCCGCGCACCCGGACCUCGCGCCGCACGGCGCGUCCUCGAAGCGGCGGGCGGAAGCGGCGUCGGCGCGGAUCAACGAGGCGUACCGGACGCUGGCGGACCCGCUGGCGCGCGCGCAGUACCUUUUGCGGGAGAAAUGGGGGGUGGACGCGGCGGGGGAAGAGACGGCGCGCGUGGAGGACCCGGAGCUGCUGAUGCUGGUGCUGGAGACGCGGGAGAUGAUCGAAGAUGCGGGCGCGGAGGAGGAGCUCGAGCCGCUUGCGCGGGAGAACGAGGGCAGGAUACGGGAGAGCGAGGAGCGGCUCGCGAGGGCGUUUGAGCGGGACGAUAGGGAGGGGGCGAGGAGGGAGGUUACGAGGUUGAGGUAUUGGGUUAAUAUCCGGGAUGCGAUUCGGGAUUGGGAGGAGGGGAAGCCGGUUGUUCUGCAGCAUUAGGAGGGUUGGGUUGGGUUGGGCCUGGGUAUCGAAGAUAGGUACCUAGUGAACGAGCUGAGGAGGGCGGCGGGUGUGAAGGGGACGAUAUUGAGGUUUGAGGUGUUGAGAAGGGAUAGGUCAGGUCGAUUACUGCGAGAGAGCGAUGUGCUAUACGGUAUAGAGGCCAUAAAACUGCUGGUCUAGAGUGGGCGUUUACGUUUUUGAUAGACUUGGCAUUUAGUUAUGCUAUUGAAGUCGGUCGUGGAAAGGAAGCUUCUCUCACCAAAUUCUAUUACCCGUAUCUACUAAUAAGACCAAACCAAACCCGUUUACCGAAAUUUGAGGUACACCUACCCAGUCUUCCAAAACGCCAAUACUUCCUAAUUCCAAAGAUAGAGAAGGCCUCUAUUUCUUCCCCUUCAAGAAGGCUCUGCUAUGAUGUGGUAUACUUGGUUGUACUAUUUAAUUUGAUGUGUUGAUUCCAACAGCACAAUGAUACAAUUCUGACAUAUCUCUGCGGAGGAUAUACAAUACCUAUAACUUACCAAUCUUAUGCGGAC